CUUGCAAAAACCAAUCAAACAUUAGGGGCCUUUGCUAUCUAAAACCCUAAGAGCUCUUCCUCCGGCAAUCUCGCCGUUCCCUCUCUCUCUCUCUCUCUCUCUUUCACAGGGAACACCCGCAGUCGCAGUAAGGAAAUGGAUAUCGACGGAGGCGCAGCAGCUGCGGAAGGGUCCACGAGGCAAGUGCAAGUCCGUUUCGUAACUAAGCUAAAACCUCCGUACAGAGCGCCGCCGGUUUCCAUUUCCAUACCCGCCAAUCUUACUCGCUUUCGCCUUUCUGCUCUCGUCAACAAUCUCCUCCAGUCCGCAAAUGCUGAUUGGAAACAGGAGCCUUUUGAUUUUCUCAUUGAUGACGAGCUGGUCCGGAUGUCUCUUGAAGAGUUUCUUCUUGCCAAAGGCAUAUCCGCCGAAAAAGUACUUGAAAUUGAAUACAUUAAAGCUGUAGCUCCUAGGAAACAAGAAGAGCCUUCUUUGCACGAUGACUGGGUUAGCGCAGUUGAUGGUUCUGAUGAUGGGUAUAUUUUGACAGGAUGCUAUGAUGGUCUUGGAAGGAUAUGGAGAGCUGCUGGAGUUUGUUCACAUAUAUUAGAUGGGCAUUCUGGCCCAGUUACUUCUGUUUGUGUCUUAAAGCCAAAAGCAUCUGAGAGUGUCGUUGAUCGAAUUGUUGCUACUGCUUCUAAGGACAGGACAUUAAGGUUGUGGAAGUUUGGUGCACAGGAGUCACUAGAUCAACCAAAUAAGAUUAGAGCAUUUAAAAUAUUACGUGGUCAUACUGCUGCUGUUCAGAGCAUUGCAGCAGAGCCUUCGGGUGAUAUGGUGUGUUCUGGUUCUUGGGAUUGUUCUAUCAACUUGUGGAGCGGAAAUGCUUCCGACACUGAGAGUGGUUUAGUUUCAGUAAAGAAGAGGAAAAAGGAUGGUGAAGAUGAGGAACCUCAAUCUGAGGGAGAGGCUUUAUCAACACUUGUGGGUCACACACAGUGUGUUUCUUCUGUCACCUGGCCGCAACGCGGAACAAUUUUCUCAGCAUCAUGGGAUCACUCUAUUAGAAGAUGGGAUGUUGAGACAGGCAAAGAUUCUCUAAGCAUUUUCUGUGGCAAGGUUAUCAACUGUCUUGAUAUUGGAGGGGAAAGUUCUGCCCUCAUUGCAGCUGGUGGUUCUGACCCUGUUCUUCGAAUAUGGGAUCCUCGCAAGCCAGGAACCUUGUCUCCUAUCUUCCAAUUCUCAUCCCAUAAUUCUUGGAUAUCUUCUUGCAAAUGGCACCAUAAAUCAUGGUUUCACCUAGUCUCUGCUUCAUAUGAUGGAAAAGUGAUGCUAUGGGAUCUGAGAACUGCGUGGCCAUUGGCUGUGCUUGACACACACAAGGACAAGGUAUUAUGUGCCGACUGGUGGAAGGAUGAUAGUGUGGUCAGUGGUGGUGCGGAUUCGAAGCUUUGCAUUUCUUCUGGAAUAUUGGUACAGUGAUCAAUAGGAUUGAAAGAGUUGUCUAUGCUUUGUGGGUGGUUAUUAAUAUCUACCACAUACCCAAAUACUUAACUGAAUGGUCAUCUGCACCUAUAUGAGAAGCAAUGGCAAUGUGAUCUGCUGGCUUUUACUAGGUGUAAUGCUUUGUGGAAAGUUUUGAUCUCGGCAAUUUUGUUGCUGGAGCAAAUGAGGUUCAAUUUGAGGAAAUAUUCGAGGGUGAAGGCAUGUUUCGGCUAGUGAAAUAGAUGGGUUCUUCGGAUCAGCAUACUGGAGUCGUUAUUGGUGGUGUUAUUCUUGAGACAAUGAAUCAUAGAAGUCAGACCGUUUUCUCUAAAAUUGUCUAUCUCGAAUCUCCUGUUUUAAAUGACAUUUUGAAGCAGGCUAACUUACGACAUACAUCCGGAAGUUCCGGAGCAAAGUAUUUUACUUAUUGAUAUCUUUAGCAUUUCUGAUUUAGACAGGCA